CAAAUUUAUUUUUUAUAGGAACAUAAAAAUUAUGGCAGAAGAUAGCCGAAUUAAAUUUCUCAAAAAUGAAUCAUCAUCUGCUAUAGUCACAGAUGUUGACCAUGGUUCCAAUCUGUUAAAGUUUUUACAUGAUUGUUGGAAGCAGCAGUUAUAUUGUGACGUGUCUGUGCGCAUGAAGAACAAAGUGUUUAAAACACAUCGAUUUAUUCUGGCUAUGAUUUCAGAUUAUUUUCGCGGAUUUCUUCAGCAUGACGGAAAAGAAAUGGAAACUAUUGUAAUGCCUGAUAUAAUAUCAGAUGAAAAUGUAUUUGAAGUUAUCCUUACGUUUGCAUACACCUCAACUGUUGAUCUGGAAAAUAUUGAUAUACAGUCGUUAGCCGUGUGUUCUGACUUUUUGGGCGUAUCAACGUUGAAACACAUUUGCGAAACAUCAAUGAUUGAGAAGAUCAACAAAGAUAAUUGCUUAAAGUUGCUCUGCUUUGCGUAUACCUACACCAUGAAUGAAUUGCUAAAGAGAUGUAGAAUGUUUUGGUGCUCAAAUUAUUCAGUUCUGACAGAAAUGAAAAAUUUUAAGCUGGUACCGCCUUGUUUGUUUCUUCAAAUUUUAUCAGACAACAAGCUAAAACUGUACAAAAAAGACACAGAUGUUCAACCUUUGGACUUAGACAACAGAGAAAAGCUUCUCUUUAAAACUGUUUUAAAGUACAUAUCAGCGAACAUUGAAAAUGAGGUUACAGAUGAACUUCUUGAACUUUUAAAAGCAGUAAAACUGCCACAGCUUGAUUAUAAAUAUAUAAUGAAACAUGUCUCAAAGUAUAAAUCUCUCAAGAAUGAUAGAAAUGUUCAAGAGCUGUGCAAUCUUGCUCAGAUAUUUUCUCAGGAUAAAAUUGACGAUGUGCCACAUUACUGGAAAAUGACUAGAUUGCCUGUUCAGCAUUUAUUUAAAUUUAGCACUCGCCUUGGAACUGGUGGAAAUUGUUUAUCUGAAUGGGAUUGUACUAAAUUUGGGGACGAUGAAAUUGAUCCACUACUAAUGAUCCGGACAAUGAAAUUGUGGAUCCGUCGAUGGGAUGGACGUCCGGUGUUGGGCCGACUGACUGUAAUAUAUGAUGAUGGUACUGUUAUUGAAGGUGGAGAAUUGGAUGAUAAUACAAGGAUGGAUUAUUAUAGCAUAGAAAUGGAUGAAGGAGAAGUUAUCACUAGCAUCCAGUUGAAUUCUGGUUGGAUGAUUGACAAUUUUAUUUUUAAAACUAAUAAAUCUCGUUCAUUCGGGCCAUACGGUGGCGACGGUGGUAACACACGAUAUUGGAAUGCACCAAUGGAGGAAGCAUAUGUUCAUGGUUUCACUGGUUUAACUGGUUUUACUCAAGGUUGCAUGACUAUUAUACAACUGGCCUGUCGAUGGGUUCAGUUAAAAUAAAGACACUUUAUUUUUCUACCUGACAUAUUUUUUCUAUUUUGUUUUUUGUUGUUGUUACAAUUUCAAAUUUUCAAAAUAACUUUUACCGUUACACACCGAAAAAAACACAGGAUUUUUUAAGUUAGGAUGGGAUCGGCACCUUCAACUAUUAACUUGCGAAAUACUACAAAAAUUAAAAAAGUUUUUUGAUAGAUGGACUGGUCUUGCUAAAAACAGUUUAAAGGCAUAAAGCAGGGAAUCUGACUCUAUAAAUAUUGAGAAAAUUUCCUUUAAAGUUAAGAAAUGCAGGUGAAACUCAACAUGUAUGUUUCUUGUAAAAAAAAAUUAUAACUAAAGAUUGCUAAAAUAUCUAUCUAUUGCGAAGCGAAGGUUUGCGCGCGAAAGAAUAAAGUGUUUAUUUUAUAUAUUUUAUAUUUCUAAAGUUUUAUUUUUGAGUCAGGAGGAAAUAAAGAGUUGUUUUGAUUGUAAUUUUUCACAACACAGCUUAAUCCUGCUGUGAUAUGUUACAAAAAAAAUCCAAAGCUUUACACUAAAUGAAUAUCUAUUUGUAUGUUGUUGCUAUAAUAAAAUAAAUAAUAUAACUUAUUGUUGAUUU